AUGGAAGAUAAAAAAGUUCAGAACCUUGCUACCGAGCCUUUUUCUAACAUAGAUGAGCGAGUUCGUCUGAGCGGCGAAUUGGAGAAGCCGCAAGCUGGUUCGCGAGCAUUGAGCAAAUUUAAUGUCCGGAAAGUUGCCACAGGACUGCCGAGAAAUCUAUCUUCUAUUGUAGGGUCUACUUUGAAUAGGGGUACCGGCAAAAGCAUUUUCAGUACGCCGAAAGGCCAAAAAACCGCGUUUAGUGGGCCUCAGAACCUGAAUGCUGAGCCUUGA